ACGCAAGUCUUCUACCUCUACUCCCUGAAGAUUCCUUCUUCAAAUCACACGUUCAUUCUUCUGCUACAUAUCAAAUCUAUUGAGGACGGGUUCGACCGAAGCUCAUGGGUAUUCCGGUUUACUCACUUUGAUCCGAUUCACCAAACCUCACGUCAUUUUCUAUACAUUUGAGCUCUUCGGAUCUUGCCGUCCAGUCGUUCGAUGAUAUUCCUCUGUGAAGGAAAAUAUCAUUCCUCUCAACUCCUUCUCCAGUUGCCUGAUCAUUCCUCCUGGAAGAAGCUUGAAUUUGUCUAAAAAGGAAAGGAAGUUUUUAUUCUGACGCCAAGUUGAUAGUUGAUCUGGUAUCUGGGAUUAGGAAAUGGCAAUUCGCUUGACACAUCUGCGAAAGCCCCUUGCUUAUUCUCGUCCCUUUGAUACCUGCAUCCCGUUUUUUCGGCCAAUCUCUUCUUUUGAAGCGGUUGAAAAGGCUAUAAAAUGUGCUGUUGAAACAAAGGAGUAUCUUCGAAUACCUGACCUUGUUGUGUCACUCAAAGAACCCUACCAAAACUCAAUGUUAUUCUCCUUUCUCUCUGCUUUCCACCAUCAUCAUAGAAUCCGAGUCAUCGAUGAGAUCCUCCAAAGCUUUGUUCCCGUGAGACCACGUUCCCUGCCCAAGAUUGUCUACUCCAGCCUUCUUACUUACUGCCUUCAGAGUUCUGAUCCACUUCCUUUGUCUUUCGCAAUCCUCCAGCGCACUCUUCGUUCUGGCUGCCUUCCUAACCCACAGACCCACCUCCUUCUGUCUGAUGCUUGGCUUCAACGCCGACGAGGAUCCCAGUCUGUUGCAGAUAUUAUUAAUGAGAUGAAAUUGAUUGGAUACAGCCCUGAUACUGGAACUUGCAAUUAUUUAGUGUCCUCUCUCUGUGCUGUUGAUAAGUUGGAUGAGGCGAUUAAAGUUGUUGAGGAAAUGGGUGCAGCUGGCUGUAUUCCUGAUGUGGAAAGUUAUGGGGCGGUGAUUAAUUCGUUGUGUUUGGCUAGAAAGACUAACGAUGUGGUGAAUAUCGUCAAAGAAAUGGUGAGCAAAGCCAGAAUUUCUCCACGGAAAGGGAUGUUGACAAAAGUAGCAUCAGCUUUGAGAGCCAACAGGGAAACUUGGAAAGCCAUUGAGAUGAUCGAGUUUGUAGAAAGUCGAGGUUACCCUGUGGAAUUCGAGAGCUAUGAGGUAGUAGUCGAGGGUUGUCUAGAGAUUAGGGAAUACAUUUUGGCAGGGAAGAUGGUUGUGAGAAUGACUGAUAGAGGAUUCAUACCCUAUAUCAAGGUUAGGCAAAAAGUGGUAGAGCGUCUUAUUAGCAUUGGUGAAUGGAAGCUUGCUUGUACUGUUAGACAAAGGCUUUCAGAACUCAAGUCCUAGGCAUUUCCUGUAGUCAUCAGAUAAAAUGUUAAGAUUUUGUUACAGUUCCGAUCCUGGAAUGAAACUACUCAUACCCCAAACUUGGGAAUAUUCUUGUUGUUGUUUUUGAAUAGACAAACAUUUUGUUUUAUAGCAGUUCAAUUUGUCUACAUAUCUUGUAAUCAUUGUGCACUCCAUCUGCAGCCUGCAGGUUUGUUGUAGAGUAGUUGUAGUGUCAAGUGAGCAUAAAGAUAAUGUGGAGAGAAUGUGAUGGUAUAUUGAAAUGUGACUUUUGUAAAA